UCACAUAUUCAUUGUUCUGUUAAAGCAGUUAAACGUAUAGUAACAGGUUUUCUUUUUUUUUCUUUUGUAAUGUCCUUUUAUUGUGGAAACAUAUGGGAAAAUUUACAUCGAACGCAAAUUUUAUUGGAGCAUGUAAUAUUCUGAACUGCGAAACAGCUGGUUAUAUUUAUAAUAUGAUGUAUUAUAGCGAAUAUCUCAGACAGUAUUUUGGGUUUUGAAGAAAAUGAUCUCUUCAGUUACACACAUAUUAAACAUAGACAGAGAGCAUUUUACAAGUUUUGCCGCACAUUAAUCUUUCUAUGAAUAUUAUUCAACUUGCAUCGUUCCGAUCACAAUUACAUCAGUAUAUAAAGACUAUUUUUUGAUUUCGUUAUUAUAUAUAAUGCACUUGUUCAUUUAUCUUUAUCAGUGAAAAAUUAAACAGCCUCAAUAAAUAAACGUAGCAAAAUGUAGUAAAAUGAACUUCACCAGGAAUUUGAGAUCCACUGUGCCAAUAUCUGAGCUUCUUUUUCAAAUUUCAAAUUGGUAUUUGAGUGCAUCUUUCUAAAAUAGUGUGUGCAUAUAAUGAACUACGGCAGUAAUGUUUCUGCGCCGAUCCAGAAUAUUCCGCAUAUUUCUCCGCUUCCUAACCAUCACUUCAAUUUACACUCUUCUUCACAUAUCUUCUACGAAGAAACAUUUUAAGGUUACAUGGCUUUCGAGGCGGGAUCGGCAGGAGUUUGAAAUGGGAAAAAUGAGUAAUAAUGCCAUAGAUAAGAAUAUCACAAUCGAUGAAAAUAUAAAUAGGAACAAAACUGAUCAUUCAUUGAUGCAUGGUUUAUCAUUAACAGUCAAUGGUGGUUUACAGUCAAAACAAAAUGAGACGAUGAAAGUUCAAAAUUCCCUUCCGGACAGCUCAUCAGAAGAAGAACUGCCUUAUUACUCACGUCACAUCAUUAAACCUUCUUUAAUAUGUGUCCCUGAUGAUUUUAUGAUUGUUUAUAUUCACACUGCACCAAAAAACUUUAAGCGACGAACGGCAGUACGAAAAACAUGGGGCGACAAAAAACUGUUGGGCAAAUUUAAAAUCAAGUUAUUAUUUGUGAUGGGUGUCGUCAAAGACCGUCACGUUAUGGAUAUGGUCAAAUUAGAAUCUGACCGUUACAAUGACAUAUUACAGAGUGAAUUCAACGACACAUAUCGAAACUUAAAUUCCAAAGCAAUGGCAGCGUUGCGUUGGAUCGCAACAAACUGCCACAAUAUCUCAUAUAUAAUGAAAACAGAUGAUGAUAUAUUAGUCGAUAUUUUUCAAGUGGUAAAACAUUUGAGAUAUCUACAACAGUACAAGUAUGCUCGGAGAAAAUUUAUAUUAUGUAAUGUAUGGGUUGGAAUGCAUGUCAUCAGAAACAAAAAUAGUAAGUGGUAUGUUUCACAUGAAGAAUAUUCUAAUAACACCUAUGACGUUUAUUGCUCGGGGUCUGCUUAUAUCUUGAGCCCUGACAUGCCCGUCCGUUUACUCAAAAUUGCAUUAAAAGUUCCGCGUCUUUGGGUCGAUGAUGUUUAUGUAACUGGUAUGCUGGUCAAUGCACUAGGUAUAAAACAUACUAAUUAUAAUUCGGCCUAUAUAAUGGGUGUUCGUGAUUCAUUGGAUGGGCUUUCAAAGGACAUCAAAAGAAAGGUAGUUUUUUAUCAUAUACCUCAUACGAAAAUUAUUUACAAACUGUGGAAGGUAUUAAAUGAACGCAUGAAUCAUUCCGGUGCCACGAAAAAUAUUUUGAAAUAAGGGAACUUCUGGAUAUUGUUGAUAAUUGUAUUUUAUAUACGCCUCGUCCGAUAUAAUUAUUAAUACACAUGAUUAAUACCAAUUUCAGGAACAAUAACUGUAAGUUAGUGGCAGGGUGUUAGUUGAUGAUAUCGAUCCCAGGGCUUCAUCUUUAUUUAUUUCAAAAGAUCAUGAAAAUAUAGUAAGCAAAUUAGGCCAUGGCACAAUUUUAACCCAGAAUAUAAAGACGGACAAAAUGCUCAGCGAGUAUACGUAAAGAUUGUUAAUAAUAAUUUGAAUAUGAUAAUGAGUAAAGAGGUUGUAAGGGCAGUGUAAGAAGGGGUAAGAUCAUUGAUUACGAUAAUUUACAAAUUUACAUUGGAUUGGUUAAUUAAAAUUUAGGAAAAAUUCAUGAUAUUCCCCAAAUCAGAAAUACUUUAUAUUAUUAUUAAUCAUGUAUGUCAGUAGGUGAAUACAGAUACAUACAUAUGUGUGUGUGUGUGAAUGUUUUGUGUGUGUGUUUUCUGUGUGUGUGUGUAUGUGUCUGUGUGUGUGUGUGAAUGUUUUGUGUGUGUGUGUGUGUGUGUGUGAAUGUUUUGUGUGUGUGUGUGUAUUUUCAAAGUUUACAAACAACACCGAAAAAAUAAAUAAACAGUUACAAGAUUAGCAAAAACAUACACAAGUACCAACGAUGUAAUAGCCUAUUAUAAAGGUAGCAAUUCCAGACUUUGGUGAAUUGUUUUUGAUUAAAAUAGAUAAAUAAAUAAAUAGUGUUAAACGCUGAUGUUAUUCAAAACUUUAUACUUCCGACACAUGUUUCGAAGGAAGCAUUGGUAUUAUUCCACAAGUAAUAAAAUGAUGUAAAAAGAGAGAGACACAACUUAUCAAUAAGACAUUUUAACCAAAUGCGAUUACAUCAUAUACGAUAAAUGGAACGCUGGAAUGUUAUUUUUAAAAAAACCGCGAAAAUAUAUAGGACCGUUAAUAUAUAUAAUGUCAAAGGCAAUUUAUAGAGAGAGAAGGAGGAAGAAAGAAAUUAGCAGAAGAUUAAAUGUGAGGAAUUUUAGUGCGAGAGGUGAAUAGGAAUAAAGUUUACAGGCAUGGUCAAUAAUUAUAUUAAGCGGAAGUGAAAUGUUAGAAGACAGUUAAAGGUCGAAAUUUAUAGAAUGGGAAGAAUUAAAGGUAUGUUUUUGCCAAUGUUUGCUACGAUAAGUGCGUUCUUUCAACGCGUUUGCAAUAGGAUACUCUGAGAACAGGAGGAAAUACAUUUCAUCAUUACUGAGCGAAAAAAGAAAACAUUUACUUUUAUCAUACAGAAAUGAUUUAGAUAGCAUAUUCCAUUCCAAAUCAAAUUGUUUAUUAUGAUCUUUAGAGAUCAAAUUAAUUUUUAAGCACAGCAUUGUCUAAAUGUGGGAUAAAGAUUAAAUAUUCUUUUGGACAACGGAGAUAAGGCAGUACUUAUAUAAAACAAGACGUAAGAACCGGAAGUAAUGUUACAUUCAAAAAUAGAGCUUCUAGUUUUAGAAUUACUGCUAAGGAAUCGAAUGCAAUUGGAAUCCAGAUCAGAAGCAUUAACAGUACUGCUAUUACUAUUUAAAGAAUGGUUAGUGGUAAUGAUAUCACUGUUACAAUUUCGAUUAGGUGGAUUUGUAUUUCAGAACUUAUUAUUAUGCAAAGAGAAGAUAUUUGAAAGGAGAAUUGUUAGAAAACCAUAACCUGAUUCGGUGUGAAUUAAUAAUCGAAUAGUAUCUUGAAUUUUGGGGAAAAUUCUUUUCUAUAGCUUCCCGCAACAGGUAUGGUAGGUUGAAUUGAUCUGCUUAACAUAUGGAAUUAGCAACCAAACAGGUUUGCUAAGACAAGCCUUGUAAUUAGGGCAAUAAUCUUUUAACGUCCUCGAUUUGCCUUUAUAACGAAUAAAUGGUUUUAAAGAACGGUUAUCUCCCUUACUCUGUAGAAUUAAUUUACUCGAUUUGGCUUUGUUAUUCGAACUGAAAUUUAUAUUGUUUAUAUCGUUAUGACUUGAUUUCGUGUCCUGAUUAAUACAGGUAGAAUUAAUAUAAAUUGAGUUAAUAUAGGUAGUUAUUUCUUUAUAGCUUGCUUUAAGUAAGGCAGAGUUAUAAAAUUCAGCUUUAUCGUUGAAGAUAUCAACAUUUGCAAAUAAUGUGAAAGUCUAAGUGAAAAAUUUCAUUCUUUGUAAUAUCCUUCGAUUGAUUAAUGAAACAGCUAAUAUAUUUUAAAUUAGUUGCAGAUUUAUGAUAUAAGAAAUAUGACUCAUUAUGUAAGUGAAGGGUAAUAUCCAAAAACUUGGCAUUAGUAACAUCAUCGUCAAAAACAAUGCAUAAGCGCAUAUCUCGGAAAAAUUUAAGUAACCAAUUCUUAACCGUUUCUAAUUUUGGGUUAGAAGCAUUUUGAAGGUAAACAGUCAUCACGAUAUAGAUCUCCAUGUUUGGGAAUUGGUCAGCCAUCACAUAAAAGAUAUACAUACCGAACAAGUCAUCAGCGAUUUGUACUGAAUCAGAACUCCCCAUCGUGACAUGAAAACUGUCGGGUGCAUCUUUACGGACGCAUAGCCUGUUAUCGAAUUUAAGAAUAGAUUUUCUGGCAGCUAAGACGACAUUAGUUUCAUCCCCGGCGAGACCUGCUUUCUUGUGUGUGAGCCAGAGUGCCUUGUUGUGUACAAAUGGGUUGAUAGAAGAAUAUAAACUUGAAACGCCAAACUGGAUGUAGUUACUGCAUUUCUUGUUAUUGAUAUAAUUAAACUUGGAACGAAUUAAGCUGUAAUCUUUUAACUAAGGUAGGAAUAUAUUUAUCCGAAUAUCUUUGCUAAGAACAUCGAUAUCACAGCUAGAAGGACAUAGAAGUUGUAAGGUUGGGUUAUUAAAAUAUUUAGUUUGUAAUCUUUUAAAAGAAAACGAGGUUGUUUUGGAUCAAAAGGUUCUGGCUUCAUCUGUAAGUCAUAUUUCUCCAUAAUUUUCUACGCCUCAUGGUUGGCGUUCCUGAUGUUACUUUUACUGAUAAUCCUAUAGUUCUUAUCUAAGGAAUUCUAGGUAAUAAGCCUUGAUAAGUCUGUAUAAAUUUCCUGGGUUUUUUUUUUCCUGUUUCACAAAUCAUCUCUUUGCAUAAUAAUAAGUUGCUAAAUACAAAUCCACUUAUUGAAAAUUGUUACAUUGAUAUUAUGAACACUAACCAUUCUUUAAAUAAUGAUAGCAGCAGUGUUAGUGUUUCUGAUGCGGAUUCCAAUCGAAUUCGUUUCCUUAGCAAUAAGUCUAAGAUUAGAAACUCUAUUUAUCAAUGUAAAAUUACUUCCGGUUCCAAUGUCUUUUUUUAUGUAGGUAGUUCUUCAUCUCAGUUUUCCAAAAUUAUAUCUAAUCAUUACUCUACAUUUAGACAUAUCAGUAAAUGUAAUAUCAAUAUGUUAUACAUAUCAGUUAACGUAUCAAUUCUCGGUUUAGUAAAUUAAUUUGGUCUCUAAAGGUUCAUAAUAAACAAUUUGAUUUGGAAUGGAAUAUUCUAUCUAAAUUAUUUCCGUAUGAUGAAAGUAAACCUUAUUUCUUUUUUUCACUCUGUAAUGAUGAAAUUAUUUCAUCCUGUUCACAGAGAAUCCUCUUGUAAACACGUUUAAAUAAAUGGAUCUAUGCAUAAUUAAUUUUUUUUUAUUUAUUUUAAAAACAAGCUAUAUUUUAAUUAAGCUGAAAUAAUUGAGCUCAAUUCCAGAAAUUUGAUGCUAUGAAUCUCAUGCAAUAACAUUUUAAAAGAAAAAAGUGGUGAGUGUUUGUUUCUCAAAUUUUAAUGUAAUAAUAUAGUUCUAUACCUUUUCAUGAAUACAUUUCUAUAAGGGAAAUUUUGAUAUAUGUCACCGCAUCAUUCAGGUAAGGGAUAAAAAUCAAACAUCCAGUCAACGUCACCGUUUUCUGACUGCUCAUUAGUUAUGUUUACAUUAUGCUUCCAUUCAUCUUCCUACACGGACUCACAGCCAACAUCUGCCUGGAGGAGGUAAUGCAUCCUAGGGUUAAGAUGUUAGCUACUGGAAGACACUUUGUCUGAUAACAGGACUUUCUGUCAUAACCCACAAGCAGAAGAACCCGGCCAUGGUAGCCAAACAACCUCUGCGACCACAUCACCAUUGACAUCUGACCACUUAACUCCUCAGAAUGCAACUCACUUGAUUUUUGUGUGAGGAGCGUAGAUCAGCGAGUGACCAACAAAACUCCUUGUAACUCUGAAAGAAGCCCUGAAGGUGAGAGGUAUGGCAGCAUUCACCAACUUAAAGAAAGAGACCGUCCAGAAGAAUUGCAAGAGAUUCGCAAAUUCACUGGAGAUCGUGGUUGAAACCAAUGGCGAUUUUAUUCAAUAAAGUGACUCUUUCCUGUU